AUGGUGUCAACUCCGUUGCACAGCGCCGUCUUGGAAGGAAACCUCGAGGUGGUCAAGUUGUGGCUUCGCGAAGAUGACGCCGUGAACAAGCCGGACCUUUUGGGGGACCUCCCCCUCCACGCAGCCGCGCGAUCGGGCGUCCAAUCGGCUCGACGUAUCACCAGGGCACUGUUGGGGGCAUGGGCGGACCUGAACACUCCGAACCGGUUCCAGGAGACGCCCUUGGACACAGCUGUGUUCUGGUGCAUGAGGCAUCGAUUGGAUGGUGACUGUAACAAAGAGCGGCACUGCAAAAAAGUGGCCAAGCUCCUGCAUGAAAAGGGAGCACAGAGGCAGACCACAUGGCUCAACAGCCGACACUGGGCAAACAUUCUCAGCCAACUGCAGGACGUGGAGGAAGAUGUUGAG